AUGCUGGGUAUCACAAAAGUCGCGGAGGGUGGAAAAAAAGAAGGCGGGGAGGGGGGGCCCAGGCAGCUUCCCCUUCUUGCGAACGGGCACAAAGCUGGCGCCCAGCCUCAAAGCCAGACUGGGUCCGAAGAGGAAGCCCCGGGCCUCGAGACCGACAAUGACGUCUGGGGUCUGGCCGUAGGUCUCGACAAUGUGCAGCUCAAGGGACCGGAUGAGGGCCUCAUGCAGGGUGGGAUCCGCGAAGAUGGGCAAGAUAUCCUCGAACAGGAUUCCGGGAGAGGGGAAGUCCGGAAACUGGCGCAGCGCAGCGCGGAGUCUUAUCUUAAGACUGGCGAGUUCGGCGGUGCGGGGGGGAUUGGUGGGGGGCUGUCGGGAGACUUGGGCGGCUGUGGCAUCUGGUAUAUCUUCAGGAGGGUGUUGAGAAGUUUGAGGUGGACAUGCUGA